AUAUAGCGCCAAAAUAAAUAACUACGUACGCAAUCAUAGCGUAUUAUAAUCAUGUUUGAUUUCUACACAAACAGACGAAACAAAACGGUAAACAAUUUUCUCAUAAUAAGGAAAAUUUACCGUCGUCUUUGAAACAAAUUGCGCAAUAAUUGCGUUCUUAUGUUUUUAUUUAAUAUGAACUUUUCUUUAGUGUACGCGUCAGUUCAUAAUAAACAUUAAAAAGUUAAACGCAAAUAAAGUGUAUGAAUGUAUUGACCAGUUUUAGCCGACUUCAAAAAGAGGGAUGUUGUCAAUUCGUUCGUUUUUUUUUAUAUGUUUCUGUAUUAAAAACUUAGAUGGUGACCGCUAACAAUUAUUUGAAGAUAUGGAUGAAGAAGUGAGGGAGGUGCGCCAAUACCAUACCAAAUGAGAAAUUAGGGUUGCGUAAUCCAGUAGACCGUAAUGAAAGUCUGGGGAAUUUUGGAGGUACCCGUGUAGUGGGGGGUGUCGACGCACCUGACGGGUAUGCUCCCCACAUGGUGGCAUUGGUCUGGGGGGCGAGAGUUAGGAAUAUGAUGUGUGGGGGGUCCAUCAUCAGUGUGCGUCAUGUACUCACCGCGGCGCAUUGCAUUGACCCCCUGGUAGUCAAUGGGAAACUUAUUGAAACAACACGUGGUGUAGUAGGAACGAAUCAAUGGAAUGCAACAGAGGGCGUCGUAAAAUUCAGUCAUUUUAAAAACCAUCCAUCCUGGGAUGCUUUUCGUGUUAAGAACGACAUUGGCGUGUUAUUUCUGGUCGAACCUUUGAUACUGAGCGCGAGAGUCGGCAUUGUAUCUCUCAGCUAUGACUGGGUAGACGGAGAUGUGUCCAGCUUCGUUACCGGUUGGGGAAGGCUCGGAGCUGAUAUGUCAUCCACUUGGAUCCUGUACCCGUUCGCGGAUAACUUGCAGCUGAUAAAUCUGAAGACGUUGUCACCUCGCGACUGCGCCGAGGCUCUGGCCGCAUCCCCCGGCGCAGGGAUAAGACUGGAAUCUGAGUUGGAAAUUUGUACUUUCCACUCUAUAGGACAUGGACUUUGCUAUGGUGACUCGGGCAGUCCUUUGAUAGAGCGUGCGACAGGCUCGCAAGUCGGCUUAGCAUCUUGGGCGCUGCCUUGUGCGCGGGGCUUCCCCGACGUUUACGCUAGGCUCAGCGCCUACAAGAAUUUCUUACUCGAUAUCUUACAACAUUAUUGAUGUGCGACUGACUAUUUGAUUUUAAGUUAAAUUAGUGUUAAUUUAAGUGUAAAUUAUAUUAGUUAAGGUGUGUUUUGUUUCUUAUGUAACAUUCUGUUUGCUGUUAAAUUGAUUCUUGAAGUUUAGAAUAAUUUCUAUUAAAACAUGGAAUAGUAAAUUAUUUAAAUGUA